AUGUUGAGUCACACUGCCUCGCCCAACCAAGGCGGUGCUAGUCUGGCCAACACUACGAACUCUGGCUCCCUAGCAAGUGCACAUCAUAGGCCAACUAGCCCAAUCCGUGCCCAGCUUCUCAGUGGGGCCAGUGUGCCUUGGUCUCCUCCGCCUAUGAUAGGUAUUGGUAGACUUGGAAGGCCUCCGCCCUACACCCCCCCUGCUCGAUCAGUCAGGUCAGCAACGAUGGAUGCCAACAUACAUCAACAUCAAAUUGGCCGCUUGGCUACACCAUACAUGAGUUCAUCGGGUGUCUCAAACACCGAAGAACUUCCUUGGUCACACCCAACCAACACUCGCCUUGGUUGUACAAUGGAGAUGACACCAGGAGCGGUGUGGGCACCUGUUGGACGCACCCAUUUGUCCCGCGACGGGCCGUCUCCCUUAUACACACAUGGCAUCUCACAUCCAAACUGGCAAUCAGGAGCCAACUAUGGUAGUAUCGUGGACUGGAGAAGUACACGAGUUAUCACUGAUGACACUUCUGCACUCAGCUUUAACAAUGUCUGCCGUGCUGCCCGAUCACUCAACUACCUUGACCACUAA